AUGAUGGGAUGCAAGAGGCAGAAUUUACUGGGCUCUGAAGCACUGAAACUGUUGGAGACAUUUAAUCUGUCAGAAGAGGAUAUAAAGGAUCCAGAUGCGAUUCUAGAAGUUUUUGGAGACCACGCGAAGCCAGAACUUAAUGAAACGUACGAAAGAUUUUUAUUCACAUCUAGAGAUAGAUAUGAAGGAGAGUCUAUAAAUCAAUAUGUAGCAGAACUAAAAAAACUAUCUAAAAACUGCAAUUACGGCACUGUACAAGACAGUCUAAUACGUGGUAAUAUCAUAGGACACCUAAAAGAUAAACGUUUACAACAGUCAGUGCUUAAAAUAAAGAAUCUAACACUACGUGACUUAAUACAAAAUAUUAAAACUCAGGAGUUAAGCGAAAGUCAAGCAGAAAAAAUUCAAGAGUCUAAUGAGCAAGUGAAGAUAGACGUCGUCAAACAACAAGCUAAACAUUCCAGAAGGCAUAGCAACAAGGGGGAGCCUCACACGUAUAAUAUCAGACGGAACCCUGACGAACAACGAGGAAAACAGCGAGAGACUGACUACAACAGAGCAACAUCCAAUCAUCAAAGGUUGUCGGAUGAACAGUCAACUUUCACGUGCAAGAAGUGCGACAGACGACAUGGACGACAACAGUGUCCAGCGUUUGGUAAAACAUGCUCUAAAUGCAAUAAAUCUAAUCAUUUUUCAGUCGUGUAUCGUAGCAGAGGCGAAAACAAAAGAAUUAAUACUUACUGUCAAUAAUUCACUUCACGCGGAUAGUAAUUCAGACAGCUCUAAUAGCGAUACAGACUUUACAAUAACUACCUUACGAAUUUCAGCUAUUAAGAAUAUUAACCAAAAAAGUUGGUAUGAAACAAUACUAAUAAAUAAAAAUAAAAUGAAAAUAAAAAUUGAUACAGGAGCCACGUGCAAUAUACUACCCUUAAAAAUCUGUAAAGAAUUAAAAAUAGAGUCACAAAUUAUAAAAUCACACGCUAUGCUUGAGACCUAUGAUGGCUCGAAAUUUAAGUCAUUU